AUGGAACAAUUAGCUCCUGAUAUCAGAGCGCUUUAUGAAAAAAGGCUUUGGCAUGAACUUACAGAAAAACUGUUAACUUUAGAUGGGACAGUGCUUAGCAAUAUUUGGCCUCAUAUAAUCCAGUUUUCGGAAAGACUCAAUCAGGUAAAACUUGUGAUUCUUGCAAUUAAAGCGUCAGAGUGGCAAGACCCUGCAUCAGCCCGCGUAUUUCUAGAAAAUGUGCAGGCGACUGAUAUACAGUCAGGACUUUUAUUGAGAAUUGCGAUCGGGAGCCAGUCAUUGAAACAAGGCAAUUUGUCUGAAGCAACACAAAUGUUAGAAGCUGCCCAAAAAGAAGUCGAAGUGCUAUCAGACUUAGACAGCGUCUUAUAUUCUCAUCUAUAUGGAGCCCUAGCUGAAGUUCAUAAAGCUAAAAAGAACCCUGAGCUGUUUUACCGCUAUAGUUUGCAAUAUCUAGCCUACACUUCUCCUGAAGACGUAAAAGAUAGAGAAAACUUGGCUUUUCAGCUUGCAGUCGCCGUUCUUGUCGCUGAAAAAAUAUACAAUCUAGGAGAACUUAUGCAGCAGCCUUUGUUUAAAUCCCUUGAAGGCAGCAAACACCAUUGGAUUUAUGAGCUUUUACAUUUAUCCGACCAAGGCAACGUCAGAGAAAUCGAAGCCAGAUUCCCAAGCUUCCCUCAGGAGUUAAAAACGCCUGAGCUUAUCAGAAAAGUCAGGAUUUUGGCUCUUAUGGAAUAUAUCUUUAAAAACGAUAAAUGGCUGCUAGAAUUUAAUGAGCUAGGAGGAGUUAUGGACGUCCCAGAAAAUGAAAUAGAAUGGCUGCUAAUGAAAGCUAUGGCACUAGAACUAAUUAAAGGAGAAAUUGAUGAGGUCAGCAAGACAGUGAGGGUAACGUGGCUUCAGCCAAGAGUUUUAGACUCAUCAAGAGUUCACUUAAUUCAACAAAGACUAGGAGAAUGGAAAGGAACUGUCAAUGAAGUCUUGAAGCACUUAGAAGACCAGUCUAAAGAACUUUUAGAGUAA